AUGAGCCGAAAGGAGGAGAGCGAGCUGAAGACGCAGGAGGAAGUGGAUCUGGACGACCUCCUCGAUGAUGCGCUGGACGACUUUGCUGAUGAAAUAAGCGCCACUCAAGUCUCGGAGGUCUCCAGUAUGAAGCUCGAAGCGCCUCCUGCUUCUACUAAAGCAGAAGAAAAUGGAGACAAAAAGCUUCAAGAGAAUAUGGCCGAGGUUCUUGGAAAUGCUCAGAAUCCAGAGUUUCAGGAGGUGCUGGAGCAGGCAUUCCGGGAGCUGGGGACAGACGCAGAUACGAAGGAUAUUGAGCAGCUCUUGGGCGCAUUAAAGACUGGCACGACGCUUGAUGAGUCAGACGACGUCGAUGCUGGGGUAGCAAAGACACUGCAGAAUAUGGCCAAGGCAGCGGAAGGGGUGGAUGAUGUCGGGACGGAUCAGGUGGAGGCCAUGGGAGAAGAGAUGAUGUCUGAGAUGAUGAAAAAGUUUGAAGAGAUGGGGGAAAAGAACGAUUUCCAAGAUCUAGUAGACGGGAUGAUGCAGCAGCUACUGUCGAAGGAUGUUAUGUAUGACCCUAUGAAGCAGAUCUGCGAUCGGUAUCCUGAAUGGUUAUCUGAAAAAGAGCCCCUGCUUCCAAAAGACGAGCAUGAAAGAUAUAGGAAGCAGUAUCAAUUCUUUCAGCAGAUCGUUGCUGUGUACGAAUCAGAACCCGACAAUUACGCUCGACUGUCAGGGCUUAUGCAAGAAAUGCAGGAGACUGGUCAGCCGCCGUCGGAGAUCGUGAAGGACCUUGCUCCCGGCUUGCAGUUUGACGACGAAGGAAUGCCAGUCAUGCCCAAUAUGGGCUCUGGUACGUUUUCCGGCAUGGCUGGUAUACCCGGCCAGGAACAGUGCACUGUAAUGUAA